AUGAGUUUGUUUGUUCCAUGGACGGAGAGAAUACGCAAUAUCGAAAUACUGUCACGAUUAAACAAGAAAAUUGAGAUUCUUGACACAAUUAAGAAAAGAAAAUUGGAGAAUUACGACCAUGUGAUGAGAGGUGGGAAGUACGGUCUACUACAAAAUAUUAUCCAAGGACAUGGUACUUUAGAAAAAGAUGCUGAAUUUAAUAAAUUUACAAAUUCGGAGGGUACAACUUCCGAACCAUCUUUUCAUAUUUGUUUGGCAGUUCUGUUGGUUCAAGCUGCGUCAACGCUUACGUACAAUAGUACCAAAAACGCUCGACCGAAAGCUAAAAGGACCUUGUCGGACCAAAUAUAUAACCAUGGGGAGACAAAGCCGGUCGUUUUCUUUAUGGACAAUACAAAUCCUUCGUUGCCGCAGCACCAGGGAGAACUGCAGGCAUCCGCGUCGUCCGGAUUGAAAACAUUUUAUACCGGCCCGACCAAACCUUUGGCCCUUGUAAGCGUGCAGCAACCGAUUCAGGUUUUCGAACAAGAUAGCCCAAAGCAAGUUGCUGCGCAGCAAGUCUUGUACGAGUUCCAACAAACUCCAACCAACGCUGUUUCCAACGUUCACGUUAAGCAAUUAUUUGAACCCACGGAAAUUACCACGGAAGGUUCAUUGAGUUCUGGACUAAAUAAUUUAGGCCAUCAACAGCAGACGUCGACUAACCAAUAUCCGUCAUUUUCUCAUCCGUAUGCGUCUGGUUACUCUCCUGCCACAUCCGAAACUAUUGUCUCGCCAGUACAGCAUAACCAAUUUACCAAUCACGGUCAGAAUACAGGCACGUUCAGCUAUUAUAACCCACUACAGAACCAAUAUCAACAAAGCCAAUAUGUACCGAACAGCCAAAAGUACACCCCCGGGAAAUAUCUCUAUUUUAACGGGAAAAUAGUUUAUCAACCCAACCAAGUCGGCCAGCCCCAGGCGCAGAAACAACAAGGACCGAAUUUGGCGUUUCUUCACAACCAACAGAAAGUGCCGAUGAUUAAUUUCGCUAAUCGACAGCCUGCUCAGAAUUAUUCAGCCACUCACGCUGCCGUAAAUUCAGUACCGAACGUUGGCGUUCGACCUAAGAUGCUUCCCCCACCUAAUUUACCACCGAUUACUUAUAACAGAUUCCAGGCACCAUCUGAACAGCAGCACCAACAAAUAAAUAAGCCAUCAGCGGCUCCCCCACAGCGCCAAGAAGAACACGAGGAAGAACCGGAAAACAAUGAAGAAGAAAGCUCGGAGAACGAAUACGACGAAAAUGACGAAGAAAGAUCGGACGACAGCGAAGAAGAUAAAGAAAAAUAUGAAGAGGACGACGAUGGCGAUGACGACCACCACCGAUUCAAGUACUACAACUUUGAAAACGACGACGACGAUCAUGAAGAUCGUUAUUACAGACCGAAAACGCGAAAACACCGCUAUCAUUACAGAGAUGAUGACGACGAAGAAGACAAAGACAAUCAACGGGGAUCUAGUAAAUAUAGUAGCAAAUCGUAUCCCAGAUCUCACAAGAACGUCAAUGGAGGUAAAAUGGCGGGCACUAGUGAAAAAUUCGGAUGGAGGGAAAACUACAGCACCAGUUCCGAAUAUAAAAGCCCGAAAGAAUUUAAGAAAAGCAAUAAAGCGAAACCGAAAGGCGAAUAUAGGGAAACGAAAUAUACGAAAAAGAGCGGGAAACCCAGAGGUGAGGCGAUCGAAGGCAGACAUUCCGAGCACAUUCCGGUAACGCAUAAACAAAAAGUUUACAAGGAAAGGUGGUACGUGACGAAAGACGUCGGAGGCAAAAUGGAAAAGAGAGUUGAAAACAAAUAGAGGGAUAUAGUUUUCGAUGCGGCGACUGAUACAAAUUCGAUUGUUGACUAUACCUAGUGUAAAGCCAUAAAAAUA